AUGUCUAUGUCCGCACUGUGUAGCGAAGGUUCUUUUCACCCUCUCUUCUGGAGGUCAGGGGCUGGGGAGAAGGCACAUAGUCAAGGCGGCAUGCGCUCGCCUACCUCUAACUCCUCGCAUGGAGUCUCUUCUUCAGCGCACAUAACCCCACUGGCAGCUCUGCAUGACCCGGCGGGGGCCACUGAUAAGGAAGUAGUCGAGUGGGUACUGCUGAUAUGGCGUGGUGUGUCAGCAACGGCUGCACUCCGUCAAACCCCUACUCACACUGCUGUGAUGGACCAAGCUGCCUUUCGCAUAUUUGGUCGUGAUUCCCUGCAGAGCGCAGCGGCGUUGAAGCGUCGCUAUCGGCAACUUGCUAUUCGCGUGCACCCGGACAAGAACCCGAGCUCGCAAGCGUCCGAGGCAUUUCAGGUACUGCAGAGCUGCUUUGAGCAUGCCAUCCAUAGCCGCGAAGCCGGGGGCAGUGGUUAUGUUGACUUUGGAGAGCAGCCAGCGUUUCAGCGCCCAUCUGAUUCAUCGAUGUGGCAGAAGGGAAGCGGGGGCCAGAAAUGUGCUGCGGCUAGCAGUGAAACUGCCAAGCCGCAUUUCUCGUCCUCGACGACUUCCUCCACUGCGUCUUCGCCAUCUCUUGUGUCGCCACCCUUGUCGCCUGUCUUCAGCUCCUGCAGCAGCAGUAGCUCAAAUCGGUCGUCGCCGACUCGCCCACGCACCGCCGCUGCUGCCGCCACAGCUGGGAGGGCACCACCACCACGGCCAUCAUUCUCAUCUCAUCUUCCGACACCGUCUGCAGCGUCGGCGAGUAGGGGUUCGUUUCUCUCCGCGGUCAUGCCGGAGCCCCCCAACGUGUUCGCCACCAACGGAGGUGCAGCGCCGGCCGCGACGGUGCCAGCGUCAAGUGCUCUUCAUGGGGACAGCAGCGACCCUGUCGUGCCGCCUCCCCUCAUCUUCGGUGCACAGCCGACUUUCCAAAGCGGCUCGACUGGCGCUGUGGUGCACCGCACUAGACGCCGCGCAUUCUCCGAUCGUUGCACGUCGUCCGCCGACGCGGCAAAAGACUUCGGCUCAGCACCGCCGCUCGUGUUUGAGCACGCAUCGUCUACGCCAACGGACACUAGUACAGACGAUAUGAUUGCCGGGCGAAAAGAGGUGGCAAAGCAGCACUCUUCGCAGCAGCAGCAGCAGCAGUGCGCGCGAAGACCAGAACUGCCGACCCUGGCUGAGCUGUUGGCUGAGCUGGACGCCGAUGAUGAUGGCGAUGAGGGUGGCUCAGAGAGCACUGCGGAAUGGACCCAAAGCUCAUCCUAUCGAGACGGCCUGGUUGGCUCUGCGGCGUGGAGGUAUCGCACCCAUGAGACCCCCGUAGUGACAUCUUCGGUGCUUCCCACAUGGCCAUUGCCAUCGACGAUGCAUCCAUCCACUGGCUGCUUUCAAAGGCGCGCAAUCAACGGCGACGAUCGCGAGGGCAGCCGUGCCCUUGUGGCUCACUACACAUCGACGACGAAAGUCCCUGUGCACCUGGAUGUGUUGUGUGCGGCAGGGACAUCGAGUGUACCAUCAUCAACUCCAUCCACAACCGCCGCCUCUUAUGGGGCUCUGAGGAAAGGGGUGAGGGAUGCGAGAUAUUAUCACACCUCUUCGCUCUCGCCUUUUCCUCCUCACACAUCCUCUCACCUGUUGGUAGGAUCAUCUGUGCACAGUCGACGAGCCGGUGGCGGCGUGAUCGGAGGGGGCGGCAGUGGGGCGACUGGAGGCCGGAGCAACGGCAGCCCUGAAGGAGGGCGGUGCGCGUGCGGCAAGGCCCCUUGUGGUCGCUGCUUCCUCUGUGAAUAG